ACAUGCAGCUGCCAAGAAAACAAAAUAACAGAGGUCCUUAAACUCUGAAGUAAGAUUUCAAGCAAAUCAUUCAUUGUUGCAAUGAGUCAACGGCCCAGCUGUGAAGAUGAGGAGGGACCACCGUCGUCAUUAGUUCACACUAAAUCGUCAUCUUCUCUUGAACUCACCGUUGAAAACGUGCAAGAGUUGGAGCAACAGUUUGGUGGUACAGGUUCGCUUUACAGCAGCAGUGUUGAGUACUAUGUGGAAGACACUCAGCAUUGUAGCCAAAUGGACGGGGAGACCGAAAAAGUCUGCGUGGGCGCAGAUGAGAAGUUCCAGAUAGACUUGAGGACAGGCGCUCAGAAUAUAAAGUCAAGGUCAUCAUCCAACGGCGAUCUCUCAGAAUAUGAGGAGGUCCAUGCAUUUGAUGGCAGAGUUGUCGUCAGAGUAAGCACCAGAUCGCAGACUGACUGGGACUGGGUGGCCAAGAGCAGUACAAAAAACAAGCUUCAUACACAUGAUCAAACUGUCAAAAACAUUUCAAAUCCAGUAGAGGAAUCCUUGGCAAUUCCACACGCUAUAGAAACCGCCCCUAACACCAAGACUCUUCUGGAGACAGAAGGAUCUGAGGUGGUACCAUCCCUAAAUAACAGAGUGCUGGACAUGACAAGCAAGGCUCCCUCAGCUCAUCUAGCUGUCCAAGGAGAACACAAACAGUCUCCCCCCAGUUGUGACAUGAUUGCUGAAGUAUCGAACUCGGACUCCUCAGGAGACCUUCUGGAGAACGAUCUGGACUCCAUCCGCUGUGAGUACUGCCAGCAGUUCCAAAAACCUGCCGUCCUCAGAGACCAGAUGAAACAUUCGACACCGGAAGAGGAAGAAGAUAUUACCAUGGAUACCAUCUCUCACCUUCCAUUCAAAGGAGCAAAGGAUCUGGCCGAGCAAAGGCUUAAGGAAUGGGAAAUACAGAGGACACAGACAGGAUCAUCUAACUGCACUUGCUCAGGUAGAAAAAGAGUUGAAGCAAAGUUGCAUAACACCAUCUGCUAUCGACUCUCCAACGAGGUGUUCACUGCUGAGGAGACAGCACUCCCUGAGAUGGAAAUCAUUAAUCCUCCAGACACUGUCACCCCGCAUGAGGAGGAACAAGGACACAAGAAAAAGGACACACUUAUCAGGCUCUAUGACAGCGGUCAAACGUUUCUCACAAUAUUCCCAGAUGGGACGGGACAGGUUUUCUAUCCAUCUGGCAGGCUUGCCAUUCUCAUUUGUGCUGUGAAUGCUGUCGAUUUCACCUAUGUGAUAUUAGCGGAUAAAGCUCUCCAAUCAGACAUCAAGGCGAUAUUCACCUCUAAGGGCCAGUCUACCUGCUACCAUCCAAAUGGCCUUAUAUGGGUGAACUUGACACAGCUGGGAGGCACUUCUUGCAGUGAUACAGGGGCUUUGAGAAGGCGCUGGAGUUGGAUUGACCAUGAACACCACGUCCACGCCCCUCCCAUUCAACCCCUCUGUCUCUCCCUGAACCCCAACAUUGAGAUCCGCAUUCAGACCCAGGACUGCAUUUAUCUCACCUUCACCUCUCACAAAUGCAGCGUGCGUCUCAACGUGGGGUCCAGAUUCAAGAUGGAUCCAGCUGAAGGCCUGAUGUUGCCAGGACCAGACUUGAUCCAGAGGCACCUCCAGCUGAAGAGUGCAGAGAUCUACUCAUUUCUACAGAAAAUCCAAUCCGUCAUCACCUACCAACAGCCACUUAGCCCACGUAAACUCACAUCCCAGUCCAGCCUGAUCUCCCAGCUGGAGAUGAUGAGGACUGCUAUGCACAAAAGACGUGCUGCCAAGACAUCCAGGGUCCUAGUGUCCACCAACUCCCAAUAAUGUAACACUGAACAGAAAGCUUCCUUUUGUAGCCUUCACAAAAGGUUAUCGAAAAGUGUGGAGAAAUACAGGCAUGUCAGAUGUUCGUC